AUGUCCGAACCCGUCGCUAUCGAUGCCACCCGCGCACCCGCAUCCCUUUGGGACCGCGUGUCGAACUGGGUCUCGGAGAAUAAAGCUGUCGCUUAUACCAUCGCUGGAACAGUAGUUGUCAUCACGAGUGCCGGCGCCAUCUACUAUUUCUCAAGUCAGAAAAGCGGUGCCCCUGCUACGCCUACAGAAAAGAGAAAGAGCAAGAAAGAGCGACGGAAAGAAAAGAAAGCUGCCGAAGAGGCACAGAAGGCAGGGAUUAGUCUGAAAGAUGAGGAAGCUGGCACGGCGCCUCGAGCUGCGACCGUCGAGACCGAGGAUGAAAUACCCGAGAUCAACGAGUCCAAUGUUGAAAACUUCUCGAAAGAGGAGAGAGCAACAUAUGCCGGCAAAUUAAAGGCUGCCGGCAACAAAGCAUAUGGCUCCAAAGACUACAAUAAGGCCAUCGAGCUUUAUGGCAAAGCAAUCCUAUGCAAACCCGAUCCUGUCUACUACUCUAACCGAGCCGCUUGUUACAACGCCCUUAGUGAAUGGGACAAAGUGGUAGAAGAUUGUACUGCUGCCAUCUCGAUGGACCCAGAAUAUGUCAAAGCUCUGAAUCGCCGCGCACACGCGUACGAGCACUUGGGGCUCUUCUCUGAAGCGCUGCUGGAUUACACAGCCAGUUGCAUUAUUGACGGAUUCAAGAACGAAAACAGUGCUCAGAGCGUGGAAAGAUUAUUGAAAAAGGUAGCAGAGAAGAAGGGCAAAGCAAUUCUUGCCGGCAAGAAAAACAAACUACCUGGUGCAACUUUUGUUUCCAACUAUCUGCAGAGCUUCCGGCCGCGGCCACCGCCCGAGGGCCUGGAGGAAAGCGCUGAGCUCGAUGAGAAUACUGGCAAAGGCCAGCUGCAGCGUGGCUUGAUCGCCAUGCAGAAGAAGACUGCCGAAGGUUACGACGAAGCUGCCGCGGCCUUCAAGAAAGCUCUUGAACUCGGAGACCUGGGUGAGCAUGAGGCUUUUGCCUACAACAUGCGUGCCACGUUUUUGUAUCUCGAGGGCGACAUCACCAGCGCCCUCGAUGACCUCAACAAAGCCAUUGAGCUCCAACCUUCUCUCACUCAACCAUACAUCAAGCGUGCUAGUAUGCAGCUGGAGUUGGGCAACAAGGACCUUGCUGCAGAGGACUUUGAAAAGGCCAUGGCACAGGACAAAAACGAUCCGGACAUCUUCUACCACCGUGCACAGCUGCAUUUCAUUCUCGGAGAAUAUGCCGACGCCGCCAAGGACUACCAAAAGUCCAUUGAUCUGGACAAGGACUUUAUCUAUUCGCACAUUCAGCUGGGCGUCACCCAAUAUAAGCUAGGAUCGAUCGCGUCAUCGAUGGCAACAUUCCGACGAUGUGUGAAGAAUUUUGACAAAGUGCCCGACGUGUACAACUACUAUGGCGAGCUGCUGCUUGAUCAGCAGAAGUAUCAGGACGCCAUCGAAAGAUUUGAGACCGCAAUCGAUAUGGAGCGACAGACAAAACCCAUGGGAGCAAUCAACGUGCUCCCGCUCAUCAACAAAGCCUUGGCACUUUUCCAAUGGAAGCAGGAUUUCAAGGCAGCGGAAGAGCUUUGCGAGAAAGCGUUGAUCCUGGACCCUGAAUGCGACAUUGCUGUGGCCACAAUGGCUCAGCUCCUCCUUCAACAAGGCAAGGUGACCAAGGCUCUGGAGUACUUUGAGCGCGCCGCCGAGCUGUCGAGAACAGAAGGGGAAAUUGUCAAUGCGCUUUCUUACGCCGAGGCCACACGUACGCAGCUGGAGGUGUCACAGAAGUAUCCUCAACUGGCUGCCCGCCUGCAACAAAUGGAGGGCGCAGGCCUCGGCGGACCUCAACUGAGGUAA